UAAAGGCACGAUGAAUAUGUGACUACAGUCAAAUAUCCCGAAACACAACCAGUGUUGUAAUACUUAAAUACACCGUGUCUAACCUUCAGUAUGAGCGGCGAUGAGGACUACUUCGACUUACCAGUGCAAGCCCUCUCAUUGACUGGAAAAGGUGCACCUAAAUACAUCAUGCUGUGCGAGAUGCCUGUGAAACUAAGUGAAGCUAGGCUCAAGAAGAAGGCGACGAAUAAAGGCAACGAUCGAGUUGAGUUGAAAGGAUUGCAUAUCUGGACGCAAAAGAAGUACGAGGAUACUUUGAGAGGUGAUACACAGGUGGCGGUGUUGAAUACAAGUACCAGCGACUUUACCGUCAUAGACGUAGAUGAGCGAGAGGCGAGCGUAUCUCUCAUGGACGCCCAUGGCGAUACCAAAGACGAUGUGGAUAUGAGCAAGGAGGAGAACGGCACGUGGACAAGUAUUAGCGCUGAGCUGAUAGAGCGCUUUGGUAAAGGAGAGGAGUUGGUCUGUACUGUGUUCAGUGCGAUGGGUAAGGAUGUGGUGGUGGGGGUUAAGGCUGAGGAGGCGGAGGGGUGAACGUGCAGCUGUGAUAAAAAUAAGUGUAUAACGAAUUGUGUUGGUCUGUGAGACGUCUUGUUGUACUUGAUGGGAGAGAGGUUACGGUAUAGGGCAAGGAACGUAUUAGCGCAUACUAAGAAGAGAGCAAACUUCAACUCAGAACACUCAAUAGGUAAGGGCAAAAGUAUAGAGUUAUGGCCUGCUGGAGAUAUAGUU